AUAGAACUGACUGCACAAGCAUUAAUGAUUUCCUGUGGUCUAAUGUGUUACUUCCUGAUUCACCUAUUGUUUGAGUCUCGUCUCUUUUCUCUUGCUGUAAUGGAGUUGUUCAUCUUCACUGCUUUUCUUCUCCUUAUGGAGGUUCAGUCUUACAAAUCUCCUGCUGUAAAAGUAUCUCCAGAAGUCAUAAGUGAGUCCAGAUCAGUGAAGAUGAUCUGUGAGACUCCAGCAGGUGUUACAGUGAAACAGUGUAAUUUCUACAGAAACAGUGAACAGAAGAAUAUAAAACCCAGUCCAUCAUGUGAGCUCGAUCUCACUGGUGCUGAAGUGCUCAUAUGGGCAGCUGUAAAAUCACCUGCAUCAGUCGACAUUAACUGCUUCUACACAAUACAUGAGGACGGGAUUGAUAAACCAUCAUCUCAUUCUCCUGCUGCCACAGUGACGGUUCUAGGUUCACUUCAGAAACCCUUCAUCAGUUAUAAUGGUGAUGAUGUCCAUCCUGUCAUAUCAUGUGAAAUACCACUUUCAGUCAGAGCUGAUUUCACCUGUAGUCUCUACACUGAGGAUGUUCUUCUGUACACAAGAGUCUCUCAGACUCAGAGGAGACAGUCUGGAGAUCAUUAUUGUAUGUUUUAUUUAAGUCAUAGUGAACUCUUGACACGAUCAGUGAACAGUCUGAGCUGUGAUUAUUCACUCAACACUGAACCUGAGAUCAGAUCACCGCGCAGUGACACAAUCACUGUCAGAGGUCUUCCUCAGGCCAAGUUAACAGCAUCUGCUUCAGUUAUUAAGGAAACGGACACAGUUCAGCUGAGCUGUGAGAAUACUGAAGAUCUGAAGAUGGAGAUGUGUUACUUUAACAUCUAUGGAAGAGAAAGUAACUCAAAACUGAGCUCAUCAUGUCAGCUCUCACUCACUGGAUCUGAAAUCAGUAUUUGGUCAGAAGGUCAGAGUUCAUCUGUGAGAAUAACCUGCUUCUACACUGUGAAGAAGUCACAAGUUCUCGUACCAUCUCCUCACUCUGAUCCAGUGACAGUAACAGUCCAAAUUUCAACAACAGAUACACAUGUUAAAACAGCCAAGAAAACUUCUUUACCUUCAAUGUCCACUUCUGAAACGCACAGUACUGUAGACCUCCAUUCUAGGUCAAACUGGCCAACCAGCACAUCAGAGGAAACCACAUUUUCAACAGCAGCUACCACUGCACAUGUGACAGCCAUGACAACCUACUCACUUUCCAAAUCAAACCCGCCAACCAGCACAACAAAGGAAAACACAUUUUCCAUGGCAACCUCUACUCUGCCUAUUAACAGAAGAAUGUCAGAUCUUAGUACUUGGAAGCCAAUUUCAGCAGUAACGUCCACACAAAAAACUUCACAAAGGGACACAAAAAUAUCAACAACGGCUGCUGUUUCCACUACUCAAACCCCAGCAUCCACCGGAAACGACACAUGGUUUAUAGCUCUGGUUUCCUGUGGUGUUGGUGUCAUUUUGACUGCACCCAUCUGUCUGUGCUGCUUUGCAUGUAAAAAAAGAAGACGAAAAAACAAUAAAAUGACAUCAGAUGUGCCCAGUCAAGAAAUUGGUAUGAGUUCUGGACCUGCAGAGACAUAUUCUCUGAUCACUUCUGUACCAGUCACAUCUCAGCCCAUAUCUGUGGGCCUCGAACACCCAGAUUCCCAUCAGGACAACACACCAGAUCCUACAGCAACUUCCUCUUUCAUUAUGUUUGAAAAUUCAAUUUACCAGCCCUCAGGGGUUUUGGUCAAUAAACAACAGAAAGAGGGAAAUACAAAAGAAAAUGAGAAUGUUUACCACCUGUACUGCACGAUCCCUGACAGACCAGUUCACUCAAACGCAGCAGAUCAAAUCUACAGUUUGGUGAAGAUGCACUGAUGAGCCUCUGUUGUUUCAUUAUGUACAGUAUAUCCAUUAUAAAGUUUCUUUACUUGAAGAAAAA